AUGGCCUGUCAAAGGCAGAGACCGGAGGUCGGAUUGCGUAUUGAUAUCAUACAUCAACCCGAGGAUAUCAUUCAGGCUUUCGGAUGCGUGUGCGAGGCAUUUGGUCGUCAGGUGCAAGAUGGGAUCUGGAUAGCCAUGAACCCAGGAUGGGACACGCCUCAGGGGAGGGCAUUUGGAGCCGAGAGAAUGGUCGCCCGCUGGCGCCACAAAAAAAAUGACAAAAACGGUCUCCCGAACACCAUAUUUCUCAAGGCUACGCUGCCAUGUCCGCAGGUCGAAGAGAGGCGUAUCAUCGUGGGCUUUUGUAUUUGGGUGCAAGCUUCCAGUGUAGAGGGCCACGGUGAUCCUCCCGUGGGAGAUAUAGCGCAUUCGAUGGGCCUCAAUGCUCUGUACCCCGACAGUGAGCCUGAACAACGCUACCUCUGCCAAACAAUUUCCUCUCUGCAUAGAAGACGCAACGAGGUAAUCAAACAGAAAGCCAUUGCAGCGCCGCCAGCAGUCAUGAUCCUAGACAUGUGCGCUGUUGAUCCGGCGCAUCAACGCAAGGGCAUCGCACGAGGGCUUGUACAGUGGGGAAUCGAUGAAGCACAACGACGUGGAGGCCUGGAAGCCAUAACUGAAGCGUCCAGUAUGGGUCGACAUGUGUAUGGACAGAUGGGGUUCCAAGCAGACGGGCCUGAGAUCGAAUAUGUUGUGGACGAUGAAUUCGCCUCUCGCAGGAACCCGCCUAACCUAUUUAUGCGCACCCACGGUGCCUUGGUUUGA